UAUAUAAAUCCAGAUCUGCUUCCUGUGAGCACUGAGCAUUUGCAUCAAAUCCAGUUAAAAUGGGGAAGGUAAAUGUUAUUGCCUAAAAUGAAAUAAAAUACGUAUAUACACACUCACAAACAUACACUUGAUGAUAUUCAACAUGCAUUUUCACCAUGAUAUAUUUAUUGUAAUAGUUUAUAUCUAAAUUAACCUAAAUUAAUCAAACAUACAGGGAGUAGAAAAAAACUAAUACAUUUAAAUUUUUCAAUAGAUUACCUUCUACGAGGACAAGAACUUUCAGGGACGUUCCUAUGAGUGCAGCUCAGAUUGUUCUGACCUCCACUCAUACUUCAACCGUUGCAACUCCAUAAGAGUAGAAAGUGGACCUUGGAUGAUCUAUGAGCUCCCCAACUAUAGGGGAUACCAGUACUUCCUGAAGAAAGGUGAAUAUCCCGACUGCCAACACUGGAUGGGAUUCAAUGACUCCAUUCGUUCAUGUCGUGUGAUCCCACAGGUAAGCCUUGUUUCUACAUGAAGGUGUAUAGAGCUCCAUACCAGCUCCAUACCUUGGAUUUCUUGCAAAUUUACUGCAUUUAGAUUUAAAUUGGUGUCAAACUAUGUUUUCUAGGGAACUACUUAUUUCAGUGAAAACUAAACGGAAAUCAUUUAACAUUAUAUGUAUUUACACAUUUUCUAUAUAAUUAAGGUGUAGUAAGGGGAUGACUGGUAAGGGUGCAGGUGGGCAUUUUCUUGUGGCCACUAGUAUAGAGAGGUUUGUGAACUGCUGUCCAUAAACUCAGUAAUAAAUACAUUACAUACUAUAUUCUUUUAUUAUUGGAUUCUAGUUGCAAAAUUAGUAAUAUUAGUAUAAAACCUUUAAUUAAAAAUGAAAGGAUUACUCAAAGCAUUGUAUAGACAAGGCCAUAUUAAGAGCCCAGUGUGCCUGGUGCUGACAAUAAUAAUGGGCCUAAUUAUAGAAUCAUAUCGACAGAAAACACUAAAACAGUCAUACCUCCCAAGCGUCAUGUAUCUGGUGGAGGUUGUGCUGGAGGGAAACUCACAGGAUAUAUCGGUAAGAAACCACAUACCCUAUGCGAAUCUCUCACUUUCAUCUUUCAUGUAAAUUUUUCCAUACCCCCUAACAGCAGUGUCCAGUGAAGCAGGAUUUCGGUGGGCAUGGUAAAAGUGUGAGCCACUGAUGCGAAUCACAUAAACAAAACCACCAAAAGAUGCAAUCAUGCCCCAAAAAAAUUUGCCAGAGGAAUUAGAAGGUCAGCCUGGCAUGAAUGCAUGUCAGGCUGCCUGCCAAUCAUGCAGGUUAACCAGCUAAAUGCAAGUAAUGAUGAGCUCACUCUACUCUUUCUAAGGAAUGUCCCCUAGCACUCACUUGUCCACUCAUAUCCUUACCUUCUUACUAGCAGGCAGAAGCUACUGUUAUACAGUCUGGGACAGAGAAAAGAUGUAUGUAGUGAGUGUGGAAGAAAGGGAAAACGCUACAGUGUUAGAGAGACUGAAACAGCAAGAGCAUUUGCAUGGUGCGCAAAGUCAGCUGUACAUUAAUUAAUUUUAUUGUCAGCCAGUCCUCACAAGUUUUGUUUUCCAACAUCCACAUUUAAAGAGUAGUAUAAAAAAUAAUAAUAAUUUUUCUUAUUUUUGGUUGUUGUUUUUUUUAGCAAUAGGACUAUUCUAUGGGCAUGAGCCUGGAGCGUCAUCUUUAUCAGCCCCUAUGCUAAUCUGGCCCUUCAUAUAGGUUAAAAUAUUUGUGCUGCAUUUCACAGCGAAAGCUGCAUUUACAGACUCAAAUCACUGAAGUGUUCAUGGUGGUUGGAGUAACCCUUUAAGGAGGGAAAUGUGAUGGGGAGGUUUGGCCUCAAAUAGUGUUACUUAAGUGUAGUUGCCUCAGAGUCCAAAUGUAGCCAGCCCUCCAGUAGCUAUAUUAUUCAUAUCUCAUUGUGUUCAUAUCCUUCAAACCACCUCAUGUACAUAAUCCCCCAUUGAAAUGCUCCUGGGACUUUUUUUAUAUAUGUGAUUUACAUAUUUAAUGGAAUGUUAUGCUGACAUAAAUUUAACCUACACAAGACCAUAGCGAGCCUGGAUUUGACCAGCAUUAGAGGGUAAAGUGGAAGGGCUGUAACUAGGUUUGUAAAACAUUAGAGCCCCAUUCAGACCAAUAUUCACCUUGUUUGUGCUAGUAAUAGUAUCCACAACUUUUUCAUGCUUUCUCUUCAGUGCCAGAUAAAGGGCCUCAUUUACAUGUGUAUGUUAAAGAAACACUCCAAGUACCACAACCACUACAAAGCACUAUACUGGGUAUAGCUCCAGAAGUGCCAUGCUCCCCCCCCCACACACCACCUCCGAUUGUAAGUAGUCAAACUAUUUUUUGGUUUAAUUUCUUACCUGGGGUCCAACAGGUGUCAGCAGCCAACUCCACUACCUCAGCCAGAGAUAAGGCAAAGCAGUGCACUGGGGCCCUGCCUGCACAACCACUCAUAGGGAUGAAAAUGUAAAUUAUCGAUAAAAUUAACCCCUUCAGGACGUAGUCAAUAGUACACGGUCUGAUCAAAACAAAACAUAAACAAAAACUGGAAUUUGCGCUAUAUGUCUGUUCAACCGUAAUUCACUGCUGUCACAUUAAGUGCACCCACACUUAUUAUAUAUAAUUUUGUUCAGGAGAAACAGGGCUUUAAUUUAUCAUUAACUAUUCAUAUAUGGAACAUAAUUUAUUAUGAAUAAAAUUUAAAAAAAUGUGAGAAAAUAAGAUUUGUUUUUAAAUUUGUAUUUCCGUCUGACAUUUUAGCUGUGAAUGUCAUAAUACUGUAAAAAAAAAUGCACAUAUUUGUAAUCAGCGAUGUCUCACGAGUACAACAGUACCCCCCAUUAACAGGUUUUAUGGUGUUUUGGAAAGUUACAGGGUCAAAUAUAGAACGUUCCAUUUUCAAAUUGAAAUUUACCAGAUUAGUAAUGUUACCUUUGAGACGGUGUGGUAGCCCAGGAAUGAGAAUUACCCCCAUAAUGGCAUACCAUUUGAAAAAGUAGACAACCCAAUGUAUUGAAAGUGGGGUAUGCUUAGUCUUUUUUAGUAGCCACUUAGUCACAAACACUGGCCAAAGUUAGCGUUCAUAUUUGUUUUUGUGUGAAAAAAGCAAAAACUAAUAUUUGGCCAGUGUUUGUGACUAAGUGGCUACUAAGAAAGACUGGACAUACCCCACUUGCAAUACCUUGGGUUGUCUACUUUUGCAAAUGGUAUGCCAUCAUAGGGGUAAUUCUCAUUCCUGGGCUACCAUAUGCUCUCAAAGGCAACAUAACCAAUCUUGCAAAUUUCAAUGUAAAAAAAUGAAAUGCAAGCCUUAUAGGUGACUCUCUAACUUUCCAAAACACCAUAAAACCUGUACAUGGGGGUACUGUUAUUCAUGGGAGAUUUCAUUUAUACAUUUAUUUUAAUUUUACACAUGUUUAAUUCAUUUUUUUUUUACUUUCCCACCAGCAGGGGGACUGUCUGACAUUUCAGACAGUCCCCCUGCUGGCAGAUCCACAGCCAGCUAUAAAUGUGUCUUUAUUUUGUCUUACUUUUGUACAACUAGUAUGUGUAUUGUUUUCGUCAAGAUAUGUUUUUGCAACAGUAAGAUCACAUGUACAGAUAACAGCUGAUACCGAGGUGAUUAGUCCACCUUAACAUUUUAACAAAGAGGGUUUGAAGGUUCUGAAUAUAUCUCCCAGAAUAAUGUACUGAAAAGUUGGCUAGCCUAUGGAGCCUCGGUGCUCAUGGGGCCCCUGGACAAGUGCCUAGCAUUCUUGUGUGUUAAAAUAGCUCUUGGAAACUCUUGUUUAGAUUGUUUGCUUACAUGCUUUUAAAGAGGUUUGACUACUUACAACAGGGGUCAUCAGGACACUGUAGUGGCUAUGGUGCUUUGACUGGAUUUUGCAGACAUAUCUAAACCUAUACCCAAGCACCCAAAUAAAUUCUCAAUUGUUGAAAUGUAUAAAUCCAUAAUUGCAUUCACACAUGCACAGUGGAAAGAUCAGUCCUAUAAAAAAAUUAUCCGCACAUUAUGUUUUUAAUGCAGUUUUGCUACCCGAGGUCUAGCCGAGUUUAUUAAACUUUCAACCUAUGUAGAAUAUGGCGUAUUUUCAGUUCAGUUCUGGAAGUUUAGUGAACUGAUAUUUAAAAUGAAAAAUAAAUGCAACAAUAGCUGUCUUUGGAGAAAUUGUCCAUUUGAUUUGUAGUCACAGCUUGGCUACUUAAGCCUCAAUUUAGCAAUUCGGAAAUCAGUUAGCUACAACAGGGAGGUUAGUGUAUAUCAUACCAUGAAACUUAGGUAUGUAAUGUGCAAAAUUCUAUGAGUAUGUAUAUGUUCAUAGGUUUCUGAUACAAAUUUAUGUGUUAUGUUUACAAUGCUUGUGCACUAAAAAUGGGAUUUAUAUAAUAAAAUAUAUGUAUAAUAUAUAUAUGUGUGUGUGUGCAUGUAUAUGUAUAAAUAUGUGAAGCACAUCAGUGCAUUUAAUGUGUCUGUAAUAUGUGUAUGUUGUGUAAUAUAUGCUUGAUGUAUGAAACUAUAUGUGCAAUUAAUAUAUAUGUGUAAUAUAAUAACUGAAAAUGGCAGUUUAAUUUUCACCGGUCUCUAUUUCCAGUUUCUUUUACUCUGGUCUUUCCUUAUCACCUGUGUCUCUCAAAAUGUAUUUUACACUGCACAUUACUAGGGUCUCUGAAUUCUCCCAGUACACAAACUGCAUUAGAACCCUCUAAGGAAAAAGGAAAGGAUAGUAUGGGCAUGCUGCUUGAGACUGCAGGGAGCAGAGUUUUUCAGAUACCACAUGGUACGUUAGAAAAAUACCUUUCCUUCUCAUAUUAAAUUCUCCCUGCUGUUAUGUAUCACCAUGCUGAGCCUGAAACUGGUUGAGUUUGAUGAGAGUUGCAAGUCGGUGGAGCUGCAUGGUUUGACGAAUUGAAACAGGCUCAUUAUAGAAUGCUUUCGUGGAGAAAUAUCCAAGUUCAGUCAGUAGAAGGUAAGAGACUUACUUGGUUAUUCACUAAAGUGUGAGUUCAAAGUGAAUUUCAAAUUUAAGGCCAUAAUAGCCAAACUGGAAAAAUCUCUACGCUUCUUCCCAGCUUCCAGUUCAGCUACUUUGGUCUUAAAUUUGAAAUUCACCAAUAAUUUUCGAGAGUGUGGUCAGCUGACAUGUGCAGUGUGUAUACAUAAUUAUAGAGUGAGGAAUUACACAACAAAUGUGCAGGGUGUACUGGGAUAUUACAGAUUACAGGAGUAGUCAAACCUUUCCAACACCCAAGUCUCCCCUGCUGGGGACUUUUGGUACCAUUAAUUUUAUCUUAACUUCUCACUGAUCCCCACUCUAUCCUUAUUUUCUUACAUCCCAACCAUCAGUGGCAAAACUACCUUCAGUGCAGCCAGUGUGGCUGCACUGCAGCCCAUGUGCUGACAGGGCCUGUUGGGAGGCCCAUGCACUUAGGGUCACCCAAUAGACAUGUGUCAUCAAGGACUUGGUCAUGCUUUAACAGCAUGAUUGGGCCACUGUAAUAUCACAGCGCUGGGAGGAAGCUAGAACCUGUCACUUCCUCCCAGCUAAGAUAUACCAAGCCACAAGGAAGGGAGAGAGGGAGGUAGAUCAGUGGAGGGUGGACUGGGAGAACAAGCCCGGAACUUGCAACAGCCAACAGCCCAGUCAAGAGAAGCUGCUCUCUUGUCAACUAAAAGGUGGAUACAAUUUCGUCCUGUUUAUGUGUCUUUGUGUGUUCUUUUGUGUGUCUGUGUAUGUAUGUAUUUGUGUGUAGCUGUAUCUGUAUCUAUGUCAGUGUUUGUACCUGUGUGUCUGUGUAUCUGUGUGUGUGUCAGUAUUUUUAUCUUUUAUACCUGCAUGUGUGUCAGUGUGUGUAUCAGCGUGUCUUUAUAUCUGCAUGUGUGUCACACUUUUUGUCUGUGUAUCUGCAUUUGUGUGUAUCUGUAUGUCUGUGUAUCUGUGUGAGUCAUUGUUUGUGUCUGUGUAUCUGUUUGUGUGUCAUUGUUUGUAUCUGUGUGUUGUUGUAUCUGUUUGUGUGGCAGUGUUUGUAUAUGUGUACCUGUACAUCUGCAUGUUUAGCAGUAUUUCUAUCUGUGUGUCUGUGUAUCUACAUGUGUGUCAGUGGUUGUAUCUGUGUAUCUGCAUAUGUGUCAGUGUGUGAGGAACUCUAUGUGGGCCAUUGUUUGUUUAUGUGUGUCUGUGUAUCUGCACCUGUGUCAGUAUUUGUAUCUGUGUGUCUGCAUCUGUAUGUGUGUCAGUGUUUGUAUCUGUGUGUCUGAUUGUCUGCAUGUGGGUUAGUGUGUGUGUGUCUGUGUAUCUGCCUGUGGGGCAGUGUAUGUGUAUACAUCUUUUUUCAUAAUAAUCUUUAUUACAUUUUAGACAAUAAAAAACAUUAUAUCACAUAUAAAACAUUUAUAUUCAAUGAAGCAUGUUACCUUAAUUUUUCUGCAAUUCCAAUUUUCCACUUUCCUUGAUUCUUUACAUCUUAAUGGGAAUAUUUUCAGCCUCCAACCAUCCCUACAAAAACAACAAGAAAAGAAAGACAAAACAAAAAAUGAAAAUUAUGCAUCCUAACCAAACCUAUACCAAGUGAUCUAUGUGCACAUGUUGCAAUGAAUCAAUCACAGAGGAGACAGAGACCAUCUUAGCACUAAAUCCAUACAGGGACUUUUCACCUACUACCUUUCUUCCUCCUUAUUUUUUUCUUCUUUUUCUUUCCCCUUUUCCUUUCUUUUCUUCCCUUUUCCCUUCCUUUUCCUUUUCAAUUUAUGUAAAUUCAAUUUUUUUUAUCCAUUUGUCCCAUAGUCCUUACUGUAGAGUUUUUCUAUUUGCAGGAGUUAAAAUACCUUUUUUAUUUUUAACAGAUGACUUUGCAAUUUUUGCAAUUUAAUAGAGUUCCAGGAGGGGCAUAUAGGGUUUUUCCAAUGUCUAGCUAUGACUAUUUUUGUGGCGGAAAGAAUAUGUAUCAAAAAAUAAAACAAAUGGUUUUUAUUUUGGGGUAAAUAUUGUUGUAAUAACAGUACCUCCUGUUUAAGGUCAACGUCAUAGUUCACAAUUAUUUUGAAUUUUUCACAAACCUUCCACCAUAAUGUUUCAAUAGAAGGACAUUUCCACCAUGUGUAAAAAUCAGCUUCUUGUCUACCACAUUUCCAACAGGCCAAGGAUAAAUUUGGAUAGAUUUUUUAGUUUUUGGGGGGUAUAGUGCCAUCUAUUUAGGAGUUUGUAAUGGAGUUUGAUUAAAUUAGGACAGUAGAUAUUUAUCUUAAUACUAAUCACAGAUUUAGCCCAAUCUUUGAUGGAGAUUGUCACUCCCAUUUUGUUCCCAUUUUCUUAAAGCUUUUGGGAUAACUUGUUUCUCCUUUUUUUUGAGGAGUUGAUUACACAAUGAAAUUAAUGUUUUAGUAUAUUUCUUAUUAAUACUCUUUUUUGAAGAAAAGAACAGCCUCUGAAUCCAAUUGAGUUAUCAGCUUCUUCGACAAGAAUGCUUGCAUUUUAAAGUAGUUGAGAAAUACUUUAUUUGAUAACUUAAAUUUUGAGAUCAACUCUUCGAAAGGUAAUAUCUCCUCUCCUUGCAUAAUCUUCUUCAUCUUAAUACCAUUGGAAACCCAUCUUGACAAAUAUACCUCAUGUAACAAGUCUCCCAGGGAAUCUAUUCUCAUAGAUGGUAAAAUGUUAUCUUUAAGACAUCCUUAAUUUUAUACCAGUUUUUUUAGAAUUUGAUUUAUAUAAAAAAAACUCUUCUUUUUGGGCUUCUAUACUCUUAGCUACACUCUGAAGCCAGAAGACUGAUGUAAGUGUUUUAAAGGGAUCAUUUCUCCUUAGUUCAAGUUUAUACCAACUUUCCUUUAUGGCUGAUGGAUGUAGCAUACAAAAUGCAUGUGCAAGUAUAGAGGCUCUAUUAAGUAUAUCUUUACAUGGACACCCCAAUCCUCCCUUUUCAAUAUCUUUUGUUAACAGUUUUAGACAUAUUCUGUUUUUUUGUUUGUUUUUUUAAGCCAGAUAAAUUUUGAAAAUGAGGUCUGUAUUAACAUAAUCCAUCUUUUUGGAAUUUGAAAGGGUAAUAAGCUUAGAAGGUAAGUAAUUUUGGGUAAGACAUAGGAUUUAACAGAAUUAAUCCCCCCCUCCACCAGGAUAUCUCUUUUUUUUGUCCAUUUUUUAAAAAUUUGAAUUUAUCUUUUUUAUUAAGGGUAAUACAUUUAAUCUGUCCAAUUUUGUGGGUUUGUCGAUAUCUUUUUACCCAAAUGAGAUAAGUAAUUUUUAGCCCAUGUAAAAUCAAACCUCGCUGCAAUAUGUGCUUUCAUCUGAUAAUCCAUAAAUAAUGGCAUAAAGACUGAUUUAGAAGAGUUCAACAUAUAAUUUGAGAAUUGACUAUAUUUCUCAAUGACCCUCAUUAGUUCUUCAGCUGAGUUCACAGGAUCGUCUAAUAUAAUUAAUAUGUUGUCUGCAUAUAAUUUAAUUUUAAUCUCCUCUACCUCUCUAAACCCUUUUAUUUUAUUGUUGUUUCUUAUAUCUAUCACUAGAAGUUCAAUGGUCAAGAUGUAAAGCAGUGGUGAUAGUGGACAGCCUUGUCUUGUGCCAUUUGCAGAUUGAACCAGGUUGAGGAGAGGCCCAGGCUCAUUAUUUUGCCUGGAGGGUUAUAAUACCGUGCCAUUAUGAUGUUUAAAAUUGUGCCCCAAAACGAAAGAGUUUUAAAGUAUUUUCCAGGAAUUCUCUACUGACCCUGUCAAAGGCCUUCUCUGCAUCCAAUGACAGGGUCAGUAAAGGGGUCUGUCUGUGUCAGGAAAUCUCAAACAUAUUUAUCAAAGUACGAAAAUGGUUAGAUGAGGAUCGGCCGGUCAUUAAGCCCACUUGAUCUAUAUGAAUUAGUUCAAGCAUAACCUGUUUCAUCCUAUUUGCUAUCACCGCUGUCGGGUCGGAACCCUCUAAGAGAAAUAGGUCUAUAACUCCUUGCAUCCUCAGGAUUCUUAUCUGGUUUUAAGAUAGUAAUUAUGUUUCCUCUCAAUAGAUCUUUAGGAAUUGACCCCAUUUUUGUAAAUUACAAAAAAAGGCAGUCAUCAAGUGUAGAGUAAGCUCUUCCUUAAAAGUUUUAUAAAAGAAACCCAGGAGACCAUCUAGACAUGGAGCUUUUUUUUUAGACGAUACAUUUUCAAUUAUUUUAGAAAUCUCCAUGUCUAUUCCAAUUGAAGACUAGUCAAUGUUUUUGAAAUUCACUUUAAAAAAUAAGAUGCCAUAUUAACUUUGUGAUUUAUUGAAUUAUAUAAUACUUUGUAGUAAUUUUUAAAAGCCUCAACUAUCUUCUCUGGCGAUAAACAAGUGUUACCUUCAUAAACAAUUUUAGAAAUAAUUUUAGAUUUGUAUAUAAUUUUUAAUUUAGAUGUUAAGAUACUAUCUGCCCUAUUACCUUUAUAGUACCAGUUAGUUUUCAUUUUCACCAAUAUUCUAUUAGUGUUAUUUAUUAACUGGUUAUUAAUUAAGCCUUUUGUUUCCACAAUCUGUUUAGAGAUAUGUAUUGAAGGUUUGUUUUUAUUAGCUCUUUGAAGUUUUUCCAGUUUAAUAUAUUAAUCUGACAAUUUUGUUUCCUUAAAUGUUUUAUCUUGUGAUGCCAUUUUAAUAAAGUAGCCUCUUAUGACACACUUAAAGGCCACCCAGACAACUGCUGGAGACAGUUCGAAAGUAACAUUCUCUGCAAAGUAUUGUUGUAUCAAUAGUUUUAUCUGACCUUUUUAUUUUGUGGGGAUUGUAAUAAAUAUUCCUUUAAUUUCCAUUCUGGUCUUUGCCGCUUAAAUUGAUCUCUUAAAUCCAUAAUGAUCAUAUUAUGGUCUGACCAAAAGAUCUGUUUAACCCCUUAAGGACACAUGACAUGUGUGACAUGUCAUGAUUCCCUUUUAUUCCAGAAGUUUGGUCCUUAAGGGGUUAAAUUGAACUUUUUUUGACUCUGUUCACUCGUGAAGUUAGUUAUGAUAUUGUCAAUUCUCGAAUAGGACAAAUAUGUCUUAGAAAAACAAGUGAAAUCCCUCUCUGUAGGAGAUGUUGCAAAUAUUGUUUUAUUUUUUGUUUUUUUCAAUGCCUGGAUCAGAAUUGAUCUUUUAAAUAGGGAAUUUAGACCCUGCAUGUUUAAUGUAGCAAACGUAACCAUUGUCACAUAUUUGGUGAUUCCCUCUCUCCUCUCCCGAGAUUGCAACCUCUAUAACAUCUUCAGAUAAAUAGUGUGGAUGACGAUAAAUAAAUAAAAAACACCAAACUUCCCCCCCCCCCCCAAAAAAAACAAAACAACAUUACUCCAUACAUAAGCAAAACAACCUAUGCUGGAGAAAAUCUCUAGCUCUAAAUACUUAAAAAGUAUCAAUCCUGCCCAAAAUACCCUGCGUAGGCAGGCCAAUAUACCGUUCCCCAUGGCACAUCAAAAAAGAAAAAGAUGUCGAGAGCCACGGCAAUAGGUCAAUUUGGGAUCUAUAAAGUUGAGAGGCAAGAAAAAAAAAUUCAACCUUCACAUUUACCUUUAACUUCUGCAUUAAAAAACGUUUUAAAACUUCUAGUUCUCGGUUUUGGAGACCUUGUAUUUCUAUUAUUAACAUAUUAGUUAUCGGAGCUGAUUUUUAAUAUAUUCUCAGUCCUUAUACACUAUUCUUACUUACUAAUAAUAAAAUUAAGUUUUCAUAUUUUUAAUCCCAACUUUGAAAGUUCUAGUUGAAUUAGUAUAGAAAAGUUAAAGUUUCUUUUCUACCUCAACAAUUUUCUUGUUUUUGUCUCAACUCUAUUAUUUUUGCCUAAACCAGUUAGGACAGUGAAAGGGGAAAGCUCUCCACUUAUCAUUUCAGGUCAUCGUAUUAACAUACUUCUUAAAGGGCCACUGUAGUCACCAGAACCACUACAGCUUGAUGUAGUGGUUCUGGCAUCUAAAGUAUGUCCUUGCAGUGUUAGCAAUGUAAACACUGCCUUUUCAGAGAAAAGGCAGGGUGUACAUUGGUGCCUAGUAACUCCUCUAGUGGCAGUCACUCAGAUGGCCCCUAGAGGUGCUUCCUAGUUUAAGGCUGCACAGUGCACUUCACUGGCGUUCAGCAUCUCCGUGCUCUGCAUCCAGUGCAUUUCUAUGAAGAAAUACUGAUUGGUGUAGCUCAGCAUUUUGCAGGACAUGCACAAUUGCUACCCAAUGCUUUCCUAUGGUUAAACACUUGAUUGGCUGAGAUCAUCAAGAUUGUUGAUCUCAGCCAUAAAGGCAGAACUAGGCGGGGGCAGCAGCCUCAAGACCAGCGCUUAAUGGGAGUAUAAUCACCUUAUUACUGCAAUUGGAGGGCUAGAAUAACAUAAACAGUUCAUGUUUGCAUGUUUACAUGUUUGCAUUCCUGACACUAUAAUGUCCUUCAAAUGAGAAUUGCUGUAGGUGGUCAGGAAGUGAGUAAGAAGAUUUGGAGGUGUCAUAGCGAACAUGUCUCACAUCAGUGUUCCUUUGGUGUACCAUGCUGAUCUAUAAAAAUGAGCUCACAUAACCUUAGCUUAUAGCAUGUCAUCCACCAGGUCCCAAAAGGGCAUUGGGACGGGGGGGCGGAGCCUGGCUUUCAGGCUGAGUGGAAGCUCCUGCACAAACUACCUAAUUUCGGGGGAAAGCACCCCUAAAACUGUCACAAAACCACUCUAGAGAGGUAUAGCCUUGUCGGGGUCACCCGGGCACAUCUUUGGACACCCAAAACGCUAAACUGAUCACCCGAGAACCAAACUCCGGUGGCUGAGGACUACAGGAAAGCGAGCAGGGGAGAGACGGGCACUCUCCUCUCUCCCCACCUGCUACAAGAUAACCUCGACCCUCAACUCUUCUAACCCUCCCUCCCCCCGGAACCGGUGGAGAUAUCCCGGUCCUCGCUGCGGGCCUGGAACAACCUGCUAACACAGACCUCCACACAGAGUGUAAGCACCAGGGCCGGCGACACGAGGCACACGUAAAAUGGCGGCAGAGUACUCUGUCUGCAACUACACAGCAGCGCACCAACCGCAACAAUGAUCUCAUGAAGCGUCUGGAUGACUUGCUGAACAACUUCUGGGAGAAGCUCCAGGUGGCGAGACCCUAUGGGAGCAGGCGAAAGGAGCCAUGGGCCACCGGGUGAGAGGGGGACACCCUUAGGUGCAGCAUCUGAUUACUCACCGACAAUCACCCACCCUAGCCCACAUGGGCUGAAAGCCAAGAGGGUUCCAACCCGACAGCGCUCAAGCGACGCAAGCAGCAAUCCACCUACAGGCCUUCCGCUACCCCCGUAUAUACUCAGGCAAUGUAAGCCAACGAGUUCGUGGCCAGGAGACGCAGGCCUACACACCAGCCUGGGGUUGGAGGGAUGCCCCCACUCACACCCGAGCGGCAGCACCUCCCUGCUACCAGCCAGAGGAACUAAGCUCUUUCCCAACAGCAGGAAUAGGAUGAGAGGCAACUGACCACAAACUCUCCUAUGACCCGCAGACUCUUCCUACCAGGUCCAUGCACAUGUGUUGCUAAAGAUAUUCAUUGCAGACAAGUUUGUUUACAUGUGUUUCUGUUCAAUUUCUGUUUAUUUCUUGAUUAAUUGUCUGUAUUAUUGUUUACACUGGUAUACUACAUGUUGAACCUAGAGUACCCACCCCAGGCCUUACCCUAGGCGCCGGGUCGCAGCACCCAGCAAUCACUAGAGUAGCCAGUACACUCAGCAUUUAACCCUUACUAGCAUGACCGAACCACGUUGAGCCACAUACGCAGACUGGAAAGGGGAUGCAAGCUAACUGAAAGCAAUAGGCUAAUAAAACCAGCUUAAACGAGCACACCUAAUUCCCCCAACUUGACCUGACUUAACCACCUUGUCUAAUGUUCUACCUAACAAAUAAGCCUAUCUAUCAACAACACUACAAUACUGCCAGGUUGUCUAGGCAAUUUGCUGUCAGGCUCCACAUUGAUGUACUGCUGACAUAUGCUUCAACACUCGUUUAAGUAAUCCUGCAUUGAUCCUACAUUAGGCAAAUAUAAAAAAUGUGCAAGAGUUAACCAUGCCACAUUCAUGUUAUUUUCUGUAACGUAUGACCGAGCUUGUGACUGCUGUUGUGGCAAUACAAGCAUUGCUGUACCUAUUUGCACAAAAAAAAAGGCAUUGGGACAUUAUAGAUAAAAACAUCUAUGGUUAAAUAGGGAUAAAUUAUUAGCUGUUGUGGAUCCCACUGGCUCCAAUUUUGAGUUAGCAUUCUAAAUUUACUAAAAUGCUGCUGAGCAAAAUCACCAUGUUAUUUAUCAGACACUUCGUUGCCAUAGCUCACUUCUUAAUGCCCCCCUCCAUGUACUGAAUAUCGCUAAUUACUAUAUGUAUUUUUGUUUAGUUUCCAAUUUUGUAAUGGGAAAACAUCCCAGAACAAACGUAACUUUCUUUUAUUUUUCUCUUAUGUCUACAGCAUAGAGGAGAUUACAGAUUAAAAAUGUAUGAGAGAGAAGACUUCAAGGGACAGCUAAUGGAAUUUACAGAUGACAGCUCUAAUAUUUUUGAUCAGUUCCAUUACCGUGACAUCCACUCCUGCAACGUGUUUGAUGGACACUGGAUCUUUUAUGAAGAACCCAACUACAGGGGGCGUCAGUAUUAUCUAAGACCUGGAGAGUACCGAAGGUACACUGACUGGGGUGCUGUGAACAGCAGGGUUGGCUCAAUGAGACGUGCUAUGGACUUUUAUUGAAAUUAACAUGAUCAAUCUAUAUCGCUAAAUAAAGUAUUCAAAUUUUAACUUGGAUGAGUAUCAUUCAUUACAGCAGCUCAAACAUCAAAGUAUAGCUAG